UAAAAAUUUUUGACACUUUAUAAGAACCGAAAUUCUCAAUAACUUUUUUAAACAUUUACAUUUUAGAUUAUAAAAAUGAGAUCCUCGAGACGAUCAAAAAAUAAUGAAAAGCCAUACGAUUACCACCGAAUAAAUAAAAAAAGAUAUAAAAAGAAAUCAAGAUUCGGAUGGGGUAGGAAUGACGGCAUUUCUUCGGGACCUUUUCUUGAAAAUUUAAAUGAAGUGCUUCGCGAAAAAAAAUAUCAUCGAGGUGAAGGCAAAGGAAAUUGGAAGGUUAUGCCAAGAGACUCGUGUGAGAUUUAUAAGGCUCGUCAGAAGCGAAUGGAAUCAAGCCGUCGGAAAUACAACAAUGAGGACACAGAUAACAUGUCGGACGAUGAUGACGAUGACAGAAGAGGUAGAAAGAAGCAGCGAAAGAAGACGUCUAAAAAACCGCCUAAAAGUUUUCGCCCUAGAGGUCCUAGAGGGAAGAAUAAGAAAAGGAAUGCUCCAAAAUCACGCGUUACUCAUCAAUCGUCUGACACGAGCUCAUCCUUUACUCGUACUUCUUACACGUACACUACGGUUUCCGAUAUGGAUUAUUGAAAGUUAUAAUCGUAAAUAUAUGAGUUUUAUAAAAAC